AGCGACCCCGAAUACAAUGUAAAUUCUUAGAUAAUUCUGUAUGAUGUAGUUAUAUUUGAUAUGUGAAGUGUGCAUAGUGUGCGAGUGCUCGCGGAGUGAUGUCAGUGGCCGACGGCGAUGAGGUCGCGCCAGAGAAAAAAACACCGUUCCAAGAUGACACGGACAGUGAUAACGAUACUGAGAGGAAACCAUUGCUCCGGAGGAUAUCAACCAGUAAAUGCGUCGGUAGACUGCCCGUGGUCAAGGAGGGUUACCUGAUGAAGCAGACGCGCAGCUUCCAACGCUGGCAGCGCCGCUACUUCAGACUGCGCGGGCGCACGCUCUACUAUGCCAAGGAGAAAGACAGCCAACUAUGGGACGAGUAUGAACUAGAGGACGCCACCUUCGCAGAGUGCAGCAUCAGUAACGCUUACAAUAGCUUCCAAGUAAUAACAGCAAGCCGAUCUCUGGUUCUGUGCGCCGAAAACCGAAGCGAGAUGGAGUCCUGGGCUGGUGCGUUGCGAGGCGCCCUGCACCGCGGCGCUGAUGUCGCCGACCUCGUCGCUCGACUGUCCUCUGGAGACCACCACUGGUAUACAGCAACACACGCCCGGCCGACAUUCUGCAACGUGUGCCGAGAGCCACUUGGCGCGCUCGGUACCGCCCACGCGCUCGCCUGUGAAUUGUGCAAAUUCAAAGCACACAAGCGAUGCGCGUCCAGAGCGCCACCUUCCUGCAAAUGGAGCACACUCGCCUCGCUAGGACCACAUCUGGUAGAAGACGCCGAUGGGAACAUAAUAAUGCCGCACCAAUGGUUGGAGGGCAAUUUGCCGGUGGCGGCCAAGUGUGACGUGUGCGAUAAGACGUGCGGCUCUGUGCUUAGGCUACAAGACUUCAGAUGCGUGUGGUGUCGCAAAUGUGUACACGCUGCAUGCAAGCCCAACUGGCGAGCAGCGUGCAUGCUCGGUCCGGCGCGUGCCUCCGUUGUCCCACCCACUAGACUACACUCCGUCGGCCCAGAUGAUGCCUGGGUUCCUGAUAGGCCACCGAAUGCUUCGCCGCUUAUUGUUUUCGUUAACUCACGUUCAGGUGACAACCAAGGCGUGAAAUUUCUCCGGCGCUUCAAGCAGCUGCUAAAUCCAGCCCAAGUGUUCGAACUGAGCGGCGCGGGACCCAGACUCGGUCUGCGGUUGUUCAGGCACUUUGCGCCACUCAGGGUACUUGUAUGCUCCGGAGACGGCUCCGUUGGCUGGGUGCUUCAAGAAGUUGAUAAGUUGGAUAUGCAUCGUCAAGUACAAACGGCUGUGCUACCUCUGGGAACUGGCAAUGACCUCGCGAGAGUUUUGGGCUGGGGUGCUUCUUGUGACGAUGCAGCGAACCUGCAACAGCUGCUCGAACGUUACGAACGGGCGUCUACCAAAAUGCUUGAUAGGUGGUCAAUAAUGACCUUCGAGAGAGCGCUAACGGCACCGCCUCCGCCACCAGCACCUCCUGACGUCUUGGAAGAGAGCACACUGCUAAAAAACUUGCAGGACAUUAUGCAGGCGGGGGAGGUAAGCAGCGAGGCAUCGUCGUCGCUGCGCGCGGGAUGUGCGCGGCUGGCGGCAGCGGGCGAGCGUGCAGGUGGCGGGGCUGCGCGCGCUGCACACCGGCUGCGACGCGCGUUGUCGCUGCUGCUGCAUGCGCGCGCGCACCUCGCGCACGACCACGCCACCUGCAAAUCCUGGGAGCCGCUAGAGACGAGCGACAGUGAACCGGAAGCACAGCCUGUAGCUGAAAAAGGCAGUAUUGAAAAGACUGAAAAAGAGCAGCUGAACUGGGCGGUGCGCGGGUGCUCGCUGGCGGGCCGCGCCGACAGCGUGCGCCGCGCGCUGCGCUCGCUCGUACGCACGCUUGCGCACGUCUACCCGCAGGAGGUGGAGUCGAUAGACACGUGCACGAGCGGAGCGGAUACCAGUACGGGAGCGGAGGCGGGCGCAGAGGCAGUAGCGGGAGCGGGCGGGCUCACAGUAGCGCCCGUAGAACUGUCUGCGCUGCCCGUGCCGCGAGCGUUCGCAGACAGCCGACGAUCCUCUGCAGCCUCUGCCGUUUCAGCUACCUCUAUGCACCCAGACAACAUUCCAGAUGUAGAUGAAGACAUAGUGAAAUUAAUAAGCUCUAAUCCUCCAGAACAAUUUAAUUUGGAGGUUGACAAGCCCGAGCGCAGCAAAACUAGUUCCGCUUCGCCCCAAGACCUACUGUCUCUCUCCAACCUCUCCUCCUGUGAUACUAGCUCUUGCAGAAACCUCUUCAGGCCCGACACAGAGCGUGGCACUUAUAAUAGUAGUAGUCUUACCAUACCUAACCUAGUUGUCUCAGAUGAUAGCGAUAAGCGAGAUUCGAUAAUACAGGGAGAAACUUAUGAAUCGGACCAAUUGACUAUAAUAGACAUCGACAGACCUUACACGGACGAUGUACACUUCCAUGAGAUGAGCGUAAGGGACACACCGAUUAGCGGAGAGUGCACGCCGGAGCGAAAGCUUUCUAGUGUAGAUUUGGAGAUAGACGCCAUUAGUUCAGACGGGUCCAACAUUAGUGACGAUUUUAGUUUAAUAUCGGAAAUCAUAGAUGCCAAACCGGAAGAAUUAGAGGAAGCCGGUGGGAUAGGCCACAUCGACUCCCCCGAAGUAUCGGACACGACUUAUAUGAAUUCAGAAACGUUACACGGUGAAUCCAUCAUGGACGAUAUUAGUUCAAUGCUCGGACAAGAAGUACUAAUGGCUAUGAUGGGGAAGAACGGCGACAAUGAAACGUAUACCGAUGAUACGACUCUGUUCACUUCAGAUACAGUAUCAGAUAUAGCCAUGGAUAGUAGAAAUCCCAGUCUGGAAAAGAAUGACAAAGUGAAAUACAUAUCCAAAAUGAAGGCAGCUAAAGAGGGCGAAGUGGAAAAAUUUGGGUUCGAAAAUAGAGUAUUCUACAUCGAAAACGCAACGAAGGUAGAAGAAAAAAUUAAAUAUUGUAGCUUAGCACACUUCGAAGAAGGCAACGAUAUUGCUAGAAAAUCUUUUAGAAAACAACUUAAAAAGAGUAUGAAAAAACGCGUUACUGACGAUGGAAGUGUAAAACACCUUUUGCCUAAAACAGCGGAAGAGCCAAGAGACAGUCAAUUGCCUGUCUUCAGUAAAGAGUCACCAAAAAAUUUGCCUCUUCACAGGGAUACUGAAAACCACAGCGAUGAUAAAGAGGAUGUACCAUCGUUUCCUCAAGUUAGUGUUGUAGUCGAACCCCCAUCUCCAUCCCACAGCGACGAUAAGAAAAGUUUAAAGAAUGGAAGCCGUAUGGCAUCAGUUUUAAGCGACUUAUUCGACCAAGCAACAGAUACUCUAAGUGUUUAUUCACCAGAGCCUACAAUAGGGACAACAAGAGAAAGAAGGCAAUCAGAUAACCCAAAACUGUUAGGCUCAGAUCCUGAAUAUGGAAAAUUUUUAAGUUGUUCUCCAGCAGCAACAAGAAGGAUAUCAUGUGGAAGUCUUUUCAAACCUGGUGAACCUGAUAAAUUAUCAACGUCAGUAUCCUCAAUAUGGGGUGAAGGUGGAGCCAUUGGAGUAUCAAAAUCAGAUGCCAACGAAAAAGCUAGAAAACUGCCAAUUAUCAAUCCACUAGUUCAAUUACCAGCUUGGCCCCACGUCACUCAGGGCUUCAUAAGCCAAUGCUUGCUUGCAAAUGCGGAUGCUUUAUGUGCUGCAGUCAGUCCAUUGAUGGAUCCAGACGACACACUUUUAGAAGGAUUCUAUGAAAGAGCAGUAAUGAAUAACUAUUUUGGUAUUGGAAUCGAUGCGAAAAUAACACUUGAUUUUCAUAAUAAGAGGGAAGAACAUCCAGAAAAGUGCAGAUCAAGAGCCAGGAACUACAUGUGGUAUGGUGUGCUCGGGUCGAAGGAGUGGGUCAAUAGGACUUACAGACAUCUAGGUCAACGAGUGCAAUUAGAAUGCGACGGCCAAAGAAUACCUUUGCCAGAGCUGCAGGGCAUUGUGGUACUGAAUAUCCCGUCCUUCAUGGGUGGCACCAACUUCUGGGGCGGAACCAGGGCUGAUGAUAUUUUUCUCGCUCCUUCGUUUGAUGACAGAAUACUUGAGGUAGUAGCAGUGUUCGGUUCUGCUCAAAUGGCUGCAUCCAGACUGAUCAACCUCCAGAAACACCGUAUCGCCCAAUGCCGUGCCGUACAGAUCAACAUCCUCGGUGAGGAGUGCGUGCCAGUUCAGGUUGACGGGGAAGCGUGGCUCCAGCCCCCGGGAUGUGUGCGCAUCAUUCAUAAAAACAGAGCGCAAAUGCUGUGCAGGUCGAGAGCGUUAGAGACCAGUUUAAGAGCAUGGGACGAGAAGCAGCAGUUGAAGGCGCACGCGCAGGCGGGCGGCGGCGCGGCGGCCGGCGCCCCGCCGGCGCGCGGCGCGCUACCCGCCGCCGAGAGCGCGCAGCUGCUCGCGCUGCUCGACGACGUCAACACCCUCGUCAAGCAGGUGAAACUAGCAUGUAUAAGCGAGGGCAGCGUCUCGGGCGGCGUGUCGAGUAGCGUGAGCGUGGCGCGGCGUGUGGCUGCACAGGCGGACGCGCUGCAAGACGCCGAUGGGAAAUUGCUACCGGCACCGCAGCUGCGCAGACUGCUGGCCACGCUGGUGGAGAGCUGCCACGAAUUGGUGGAAAGCUCGAGUGGGACGGGUGGUAGUAGUGCCGGCGGCGCCGGCGCGGCGGCGGCCGUGCGAGCGCAGCUAGCUCGCGUGGAGGUGCACGACGGCCACGCAUACCUGCACGCGGACGAGAUACCGAAGAAGGGCGGCGCCGGGCGCUGGCUCCGCGGGCGGCGAAGCGUCUCCGAAGGUGGUUCCACUUCGACUGUCACCCCAGCCCAAGUGCGCGGCUGGGGCGUGAAAGAAGUACAAACCUGGUUGGAAGGGCUUCAGCUGGGUGAAUACGCGGAGGCUUUUGCGAAACAUGACGUCACAGGCCGUGAGCUCCUGUCCCUUGCUAGAAGGGACUUACGAGACCUCGGAAUUACGAAGGUGGGCCACGUGAAGAGGAUACUUCAAGCGGUCAAAGACCUACAGUGACGAAGGCGCGGCCGCUCCGAAGGGGAUGGCCAUGGAUAGUGAAUUGGCGGUCUACGGACUUUAACGUGUAUACCUAAAUAUAUUUUAUAGAGCAGUUUUAACUCUAUGUAUAUUUUUUCUAUUCCUGAUUGCGCAGAUUAAUAACUGAUAAUAUUCUUAAAAUUUAGAUCACUUAGUCUACGGUUCUCAUUUUAUCAUCUAUACCUAAAAUUAUUAAGAAUGGCAUUAUCUGUCAGAUUUCAUAGAUUCAAAAUUAAACGAUUCUACAUUUUUCUAAUAAUUUUAAAAUUACCCAAUGGUAUUUUGACUUUGAAAUUUUUAAAUAUUUUACCACAAAAUUCCAGAGAAUAUUAUUACAUGAUAAACAUUCCAAUCCCUUACGGAACCACUUAUAAAAUUAUUUAUUUAAUACAUCUAUAUUAAUAUAUAUAGAAAAACAUUACCGUUACAUUUUGUUUGAAAUUUGACUACUGAUAUAGUUUCCAUUCUCAUAGGAAACUCUCUUAUAUCUACGUUGGUUUUGACAUAACCACCCAAUUAACUAAUCGAUCGAUCUAAUUUAUUAUUCUAUUCUAAUAUUAACACAGAUAUUUAUCACCCAUUAAUUGUUUAACCCAACCUCUAUUAAAACACAUAUACAGUUGUUAAAAAAUUACCGCGAAAUCAAUAAGUUUGAAAAUCAGGAAUGAAUAUUUCAAUUGUAUAACGGUUUAAGAUGUUAAUAUACAAGACUGAGAGUUGAACGUUAAAGAUUAUAUCUACUAUUGUUAUUGAGCGCUUACAUUCGGCUAGAAACUCGAUAUUAUCAUUAAAAAAGCCUUUAGAAAAAAAUUGUGAAUCGAACGAACAAAAAGAAUUGGAAUUGACAUGUUCAUAAAUGGCGGGAACUUAGGGCGCGAAAUCUUUGCAGAUGUUUUGGUGACAAGUAUACUUAAUUCAAAUUUGGAAUUAAAUUCAUUGUACUGGAAAUUGGAUAGGAUGCAACAAUUUUUUUUUAAUGGAAACAAAUUUCUGCAUAAAAUGCAAUUUUGAUUUACAAUGCGUCCUGCUCGCUUCAACCCAUAUAUUAGACACAUAGGUUGAAGCGAGCAGGACGCAUUGUAUUUAUCAAAACGAAAGUUGAAACAUAAAUGUUAAAAUAUAAUUUCUGUCAAUAAAUGUAUAAUUGUCUAAUAUAAUUUUGAGUCACCUAUCUAUCCAUAAUUAAAUAUUUUGUGCCAAAUUUAACCAGACAUAAAGUGAUAAAAUUCAUCAAAUAUUUCAAUAUAAAUUAAUUAUAAUAUACAGCUUAUAUUGUCGUUUUACAGAAACA